ACGGAAGCGGCGGGGGAGGGUUGUUUACCCGUUUGUGAAGUUAGUUUAUGAUCUAUAGUUUAUGAAAAUCUGUGAUAGUGAAAAAAAUAAGAGCAAGAAAUAAUUAAAACAAAAUAAAAAAUAAAGAGAGAGAAAAAAGUGAAAGAAAAGACAAAAAGAAAAUAAAAGAAAACAAUCCUACACAUAUAAAGUAAUAAUAGUAAAUAAAAGGAAAAUAAAGACCGGGUCUCAGUCAAACCAACGAAAUACAAAAGCAAGAAAAAGGCACCAAGAUGGCGGCCAUCUGAUCGCCAGCAAGACCAGAUGGUUUCCUUCAAGACUCACAACUCGAGGACCGGCGAGCCCUUGGGAGCCAUGAAGCUGAAGGGCGAGAGAGAGCUGACGAAGGGCCACUCUGUCCACUUCGUCGACAGCCGCGGCCAGGAGCUCGUCUCGGCCACGCCCAGGAAGGCCGAGGAGUACCCAGGCGCGAGUGACCUCCCGGACGACGAAGGGGUCGAGAGGGACGUCCGAAGGAAGGCGCAGGAGAACGCCAAGGGACGCGGACGAAGGAGGGACACGGAGUCCUCGUCGGCGUAUCCUUCCCGGAGUCCCACGAAGGGCAAGAGAAGCCAGUCCCAGCCGGAGGUCCAAGGGGCGUGGGAACAGGCAGACACGCCCGCGGGGGAGUCUGUCGCCGAGGGCCACGAGAAGCUCUUCGUGAGGCGGAGGUCGAUGGAGUCCCCCGAGGGCGAGAAGGACAGGAACAGCGCCGAAUCCUCCAGGAGAGAAGGGUUCGGCUCCGCCAGCUCCCUCGAGCAGUCCAUGACCCGCUCCCUUGGUUCUCGCGGCUCCCUGUGUGAUGAAGCCGUCGACGAGUGUGACAACAUCAACGUCGUGGUCAGAUGCCGUCCCAUUAGCGAGAAAGAGAUUAAGCGAGGUGAUGAAAACAACCUCAUUUUCCCGGGGGAAGGUCAAGUAUGGGUGAACAUGGACGGCUUAAACGGCCAGGGCUCGCAGAAACCCAAGGUCUUCACCUACAACGUGGUGUUCGAGCCGGAGGCCACGCAGGAGGACAUCUUCGACCACUCGGGGAUCAAGAGGCUCCUGGACAUGUCCAUUGAGGGAUUCUCCUGCACCACCUUCUGCUAUGGACAGACGGGCUCCGGGAAGACGCACACGCUCACGGGCCCGCCGCACCUG